UAGUGCGCCGCGUUUGCAUUGGCUUACGAAGACGUGAGGGGCGGUGAGAAGGCGUGUGGUGGCCCCGCCUUUUGCAGGAUCUGCACAGGUGCCUGGCAAGUCAGUUUCCAGUCAGCAGUGCCCAGUGUAUGGCCCUGCACCUACGUGCGCUAGUCAAGUUCAUUGCCCGACCUGGUAGCAAGCUUCAGCUGUCAGUGAGGAUGGCCAGCACUGAGUCAUCGGCCACCUCCGCUGUGGCUCCGGCCGCACCCCCUGCUGAGCCACCAGCCGAGUCGCCAGCCGCGCCACCAACCAAGGAUGAGAACCGGCAGCAGUCACUGUCUGCCAUGGCACGAGCCUGUGCCCUGCUCUUCCAAGAUGACGUCAGUGAGCACGGCCAGCGGCUGGCCAUCGGCUUGACAUCACUCGCCGACCACUACGAGGCGACAGCGACCAAGGCGGACAAGGUGCGCCGCGUCUGCCGGGACUACGACUUCUCCGAAGCCGUGCCGGGCAAUGGGUACCGCUCGUUCGUCGACAUGUUUGACAAGAUGGUCAACGCCAGCCACGAGACUUGUCUCAAGAUCCGCAACAGUAACGGGCGUCGCUUGCCGAGCCGCAAGGACUGCGCCAAGGACGUGGAGGCCUGGUGCCAGUGGAUGGUCUCGAUCGGUACCAUGAUGGAGCAUCUGAACACGCUGAUCGGCUGGAGUGAGCCCGGCUCGCUCUUCCCCGACGCCAGGCACUCGCCGAUCGAGCUGCUGAAGAAGGCGGAGGAGAUCAACCAGUACUGCUUCUACGGCCGGAUGAUGGGCUCUCAAUACUGUCCGUCCAUGCAGGCCGUGCUGCUGCGCAUCGCCUGCUUCAUGUGCAUGUACAGCCACUACUUCUACAACUCGGGCAGCACGUUCCGGCGCUGGGCGACGGCGUCCGUCUUCUUCCGGCGCAUCCUCACCGACCCCGAGUACCGCGCGAAGCGCAUCGUCAACAUCUCGCGCUAUGCCGACAUCGACUUCUGCAAGGGCUUCUGGUCGCAGCAGGAGAGUGAGUUCCUGCAGAUGUACCCGGAGGUGGCGUGUCCGGCAGCGGCCGUCAACAUCACGGUGGGCCUGCCGCCGGAGCCGCUGGUGCUGCCGCGCGCCGACGGCGCCGGCUCGGUGGAGGUGCCGCCGCCCACCGUGCACAUCGGGCCCGACUCCGUGCACUGCCGGCUGCUGGCCACGCGGCGGCGCGAGGGCAUGCUGGGUGGUCGCGCUUCGCGGCCCGCCAAGCUGGCCGCCAGCCCGUGCCUGGUGGUGCACUGCCACGGCGGCGGCUUCGUGGCCCAGUCGUCCAAGUCUCACGAAGUGUACUUACGUGAGUGGGCGCGCGACUUGGACGUGCCCAUCUUCUCGAUCGACUACUCGCUGGCGCCGGAGGCGCCCUUCCCUCGCGCCACCGACGAGGCGUUCUACGCCUACUGCUGGGCCGUCAAGAACUGCCGCCUGCUCGGCUCCACCGGCGAGCGCAUCAUCGUGGCUGGCGACUCGGCCGGCGGCAACCUGGUCGCCACCGUCACCAUGCAGGCCAUCAAGCGCGGUGUGCGCGUGCCCGACGGCCAGUUCCUCGUGUACACGCCAUUCAACACGUCCUUCACGCCGUCGGCGGCUCGCCUGCUCUGCGUGAUGGACCCGGUGCUGCCGCUGGGCUUCCUCAUGCGCUGUCUGCACGCGUACGCUGGUCACGCGCGCAGCGGCGACGCGCCGCCAGCGGUCGAGCCGUCCCCAGAGCCUGGCGACGGCGGCGGCAACGGCGAGGCGGCGGCGACGGCGGCGGCCGGUGGCCAGGCCGAGGUCAACUACACGCUCAACCCGAAGCGGCGCAAGCUGGGCCAUACCCUGGCCAGCCACGACCUGGACACGCUGGUGGCGAACUCCCUGACAGACGAGUUCCGCUACUUCGAGGUGGACCCGGACCCGCGGCUCAGCCCGUUCUUCGAGCGCGACGAGGUGCUGGCGUGCUGCCCGGCCACGCACCUGCUCACAUGCCACCUGGACCCGUGUCUGGACGACUGUGUGUCGAUGGCGCGCCGCUGGCGGCAGCUGGGCGUGCCUGUCGGCCUCACCGUGCUCGACGGCGUGUGCCACGGCUUCCUCAACUUCGCCCGCUUCAGCGCCGAGGCGCAGGAGGGCAGCCGCCGCUGCGUGGAGCUGCUGCGACAGCUGCUGUUGGAGAAGUAGGCGCUUGAGGCUGGCACGUGACGCCAACGGUCGGCGCGCCCCCCGCCAGCGCGCGGGGGCGUCCAUGCCGCGCUCUGCUCGGUCGCGGGAUGGCGCUGGUGGUAAGCGGGCCCGCCUCUCAAUAUAGUAUUAUCCACAGACGCAUGAUGAGCUGUCGGACAAGCCUUCCUGCAGACAUUGGACAGCUUGGUGGUACUGUCACAAUCUAGCUGAUCUUCCUUCAGAAUAGACCUUUUGCCAACAUAUGAAAUUUUGCAUCCGUGGAAAGACUUUCUGUAUGGAAAACGUCUUGCCAGAGUUGCAAUUGACGAUGAUUGCAUGUCUGCAAUGUUCUGAUUCGUCCGAACUGAAUGCCUUGAUGUGUAAAUUAUGUGAUAAUAUUCCUGAAUCGAUUAUUGUUACGAUCGCGAUAAGUUCUUGUACACCAAAAUGAUUGAGUAUGGCUAUUUUAAUACCAUCAUUCGCCAGGAGUUCUGCCGUCCAACUGCGUACACCAUAUAUUGUCAUGGUGUCCUCUAGCUGACGCACACACGUUAUAUGGAAGUGGUGUCCCGCGGCAACUUAGUUGUAACGUCACACGCGGCACGAUGAUCCUGUUAAAUUCUCACAGCGUCCGGCCGCAGCAGGCGGCCUCGCGAUAUUUCUGACUGAUCUCCCGCGUGUGCCCGGAUGCUGCUGGUAGUAAGACGUGCGUGGAUAAGCGGCGCGCGCCUGUGGCCUCUAAUUGGUCUUCCGCGCCUCUAAACUUCGGGUCCGCGCGAGGCCGGUCACAGUCUAGCUGUGCCAGUCCAAACGUGGCACACCGCUUACUGGUGCUGUGGGGCGACAGAUGGGGCUCAUGUUCGGUGUGCUGAGCGGCCGUACGCGGCGCGUUAGAGCGCUGCGGCGGCUGGUUGUUGCUGUCGCUGUGUAGGUCUGCUUAUUAGUCACCGGUUGGGGCCGGCGCUCUGUUUAUCUGGGUGUAGACGCUGCGUCCCUUGUACUCUCAAGUGUGGGCUUUGUAGUCACAAAUGUAGGUGUUACGUGUGAAUUUGUCGCCGACCUCCAAGACCAGUUCGUUCCGUCGUGUACCUGCGAGUUUUCGCUUAUCUUCCGACCUCAAGUCAUCCAUAUCAUACGAGCCUUCCCUUGAAAUGCACUCUGUUGAAUGCGUCUGAGCCCGUUGUUGGACUACGUGACCGCGGAGGAUGUUGCAGGCCCUCAUGGUUCAUAUGGUUCAUGAUGUGCGAGCUUGAUGGCUAGCUCUCUCGCGGCUUCGUCACCACCGAAGAUGGUGUUCUCAUCGAAAGACAUUUUAAACACGGUGGUAUUUUUUGCAUUUCAUUCGUUAGCAUCGUGUCUUCAGGCACACCCUUCGUGCGACGACAUCCACGCCCGUGAAGCCUUUACGCCACGACAACGAACCCCUGAACGCCAUCGCCACCCGCGCUCGUGACGUAUCAGCUUCGUGAGCGUUUGCCGAUGUUCGGCGUGAUGUACUCGCGGUUUGCGCCGUGCACCUGUCCGCACCGUGUGCUCACGAGCGGCGGCGUCUGCCGACUCGGCCUGCCGCGGCGGCCGGUCCUGUUUGCCGUCGGCGCUAGCCGCGCACGCGGUCGCAUCUUCAGCGCGCCGCUCCGGGCGUGUCAGCUGCCCCGACCGCGGCUAGCCACGGACGUCCGUGCUGGAGACUGUUGAUCAUCGGUGCCCGCCGGCCCCAGCCAGCCGAACCCAGCCAUAGUCUUCGGUUCGGUGGUCUGGCUGCUAGACGGUGCUGUGUCAAUGCCGCAAAGAAGCCAAAGAGCCCUGCUGGCCGUAUCUGUGUGACGAGUAUGGGGCUGGCUGGUGCGCGUGCGUGCUUAGUGGCGCGCGUUGUUUGCAUACGCUGCUCGUGCGCCCCCCCCCCCCCUUCCCCUGUUUGUUGAUGUUGUUGCCAAAGUAUUCGUCAUGUGCAGAUAUGAACGUUUAUCGGUUAAUAAAGG